CGAUUUAUUUGAUUUUUAAUUAUUGCAAUGUGAGAUAAACCUUACCUAGAAAUAUCAUUAGUAUAUAUUUUUUUACAAUAUCAAUGGAAAGCAGAGCAAAGUUUUGUCAGCUGUAAAUAAUGGCUUGUUGCCCGACGGAAAAGGAAUAUGGCUACGAACAUAGCAGGUUCGAGAAAGAUGUCGACGAAAAUUUUCAUUGUUCAAUUUGUUACAAUGUUCUCAAAGAACCGAGGAUGUGUAGAAAUAAUGAACACGUCUUUUGUCUCGCCUGUAUCGGUGAACAUUUGAAGGUAAAUUCGCAAACUUGCCCCGAAUGUAAUGAACAUUUAAGUGUUGAUACGCUUCGCCGGCCGCGUUUAGUAAAUAAUUAUUUAUCUAAGCUGAAAAUUACUUGCGAUUAUGCCACUCGAGGAUGUACUAAUUUUACCUGUGUUGCGGAUCUCGACAUUCAUGUGGCGAGUUGUGGCUUCGCCCCUGUGUUGUGUUCAAAUAAAAAUUGUGGUAUGGUAAUUAACAAGAACGAGAAGGUCGACCAUGAAACUGAGGUUUGUGAAUAUAGGAAAGUGAAAUGUCAUGACUGUGGGCAGAUACAGGAAGAUAUAAAAACAUUGAAAGGAGGCUUAUUAGAAUUGGAUGAGAAGGUGGAAGCAAUGCAAGAAAUGGGGAAGAUAGUAAAUGAAAAAGUGGAAGCUGUGAAAGACAGCAAUGCUGAAGUAAUUAAAGAAAUAAAAGAUGUGAAAGAAAAUCUUUCCAAAGUGAGCAAAGAUGUGGAGGAAGUCAAAGUUAUGAUGAGGCAAAAGUUAGAUAUGCUUGAACUGCCAUCUCUGACAGAGGGAAUGUUCAAUACACCUAUGGAAGAUAUUUUGAUUGCUGGUGGUGGUGGUGAUGAUAGCGGUGCGUGCGAUAGUGCAGAAAUAUUUUCCUGGGAGAUGAAUGGUUGGUAUAAGAUGUCGCCAAUGAAUGAAGAACAUGAUGGAGCUUCAUCAUUUAUUGAUAAUGAUCAACUAUUUGUUGUUGGGGGAAGGCACACUGAGACAAUAGAGACCUUGGAUCUCAAUGAAUUACCUUUGACAUGGAUGGAAUUUCCUGGUGAACUUCCUUAUGCAGGUAAUGGUCAUCACACUUUCAUUUAUCAACAGCGUUUCAUUCACAUUGGUGGAUAUAAUUAUGACGAGGAAAAAAAGUCCAACGCGAUUAGCGAAUUGCAUCUUGCCUCACCUUGCACACUGAAAGAGUUGUGCCAAAUGCCCCAGCCACGAGAUUGUCAUGGCGCUGAGGCGUUUGAAGAUAAAGUUCUGGUCUUUGGAGGGAAAGAUGAUGAUGGUGUUUUAGACAGUGUUUUGGAGUUUGAUCCAAAGAGGAAUGCAUGCAAGGAGCUGCCAUCUUUACCACAUCCCCUGAAAGAAAUGGCAACAGUUCGCUGGCGAGAUCAAGUAGUUUUGCUUGGUGGUCGUGAUAAGGAUAACAAAGUUGUGAACGAUGUUUUCAUGUAUGAAUGCAAGACGGGCAAGAUCACAGCCUUACCAUCCAUGCUGGAGAAGAGAUUUGAUUGUUGCGCAGUUAUUACUGGAAAUAACAUGAUUGUAGUUAUGGGAGGUGAGAAUUAUGAUCAUCGCUAUCUCAUUUCAGUGGAGUGUUUUAAAAUGGGAGGUUCUACAUGGAAGUAUCUUCCUAGCAUGAAUGAAAGAAGGCGGAGAGCAGUUAGUGAAAUUCUACCCCCAACAAGGAAAUAUGUGCAUGUUUGACAUUGAGCUUUUGUCCGUAAUUGUAUUAGGACUGUUUGGUAUACUGAUAUACCGAAAAUAUCGGUAUUAAAUCAUUAUUGGUAUAUCGAUACUGG